GCACUUGGUCUGUGUGGUUUGGGAGCGUUUGUUCCCCAGUUGUCUUGGACCUGGCAGUGGAGGCUGGGAGUCAGGGCAUCUUAAUAGACUGAUCAGUUCCCGUUGGCUACCGCGCUCUCCUCCCACCUUGGACCCUCCACUGAGGGAACCUUCGGGUCCCGACAGAGGGUGUGGGGACGGGGCGGGGUGCGAAGCGCUCAAGGUCUGGGCAGGAGAGCCAUGAGCAGCCCGGAUGCGGGGUAUGCCAGUGACGACCAGAGCCAAACUAGGUCCCUGCCCAUGAUGAUGGCCGGGAUGGGCCCCUGCCCAUGGGCAGAGUCUCUGAGCCCCCUGGGGGAGAUGAAGGUCAAGAACGAGUCCGGUGCAGGUGCAGGGAACGGGGGCAGCGCGACUGCUGCAGCUGCUGGGACUGCGGGCCGUAGCAAAGGGGAGUCCCGUAUCCGGCGACCCAUGAACGCAUUCAUGGUGUGGGCCAAGGACGAGCGCAAGCGGCUGGCACAGCAGAACCCGGACCUGCACAAUGCCGAGCUGAGCAAAAUGCUGGGGAAGUCUUGGAAGGCGUUAUCUCUGGCAGAGAAGAGGCCUUUUGUGGAGGAGGCCGAGCGGCUACGGGUGCAGCAUAUGCAAGACCACCCGAAUUACAAAUACCGGCCUCGGAGGAGGAAGCAGGUGAAGAGGCUGAAGCGGGUGGAGAGUGGCUUCCUUCACAACCUCCCAGAGCAGCCGGGCUCGGGACUGGGUCCAGAGGGCAGAGUGUGUGUGGACAGCCUGGGACUGCCGUUCCAUGAGCAGGCCUACCACCAUGGCCAGGGGGUGCUACCUCCUCAGAUGGGACACUAUCGCGAAUGCCAGAGUUUAGGUCCGGCCUCUCAGUUUGACAGUUACAAUUUGCCUACCCCGGAGGCUUCUCCCAUGGAUGGAAUGGAGCCAGAUGCAGCUUUCUUCACCUCCUCACUCCAAGGAGACUGCCAGCCAGGACCCUAUAGCUAUCCUGUAGCCUCUGAGUAUUCUGCACAUCCUGACUCUCACUCAGGUCCUGUGCACCACAGACACAUGCAGGAACCCCUGGCACACUCAUUGCAGGGCCUGAUGGGUCCCUCCAACCCACUGCAUAUGUACUAUGGUCCCAUGGGCUCCCCCCAGGCUGGGAGCAGUGUCCGUGGUUUUCAGAUGCAGCAUCAGCCAGGAUCUAGUCAGCCCUCGCCUCCUCCAGAAUCCCUAGCCUGUAGGGAUGGCCUGGACACCAGCCAACCUGCUGAGCUCCUUGCAGAUGUGGACCGCACAGAAUUUGAACAAUAUCUGCAUUUUGUAUGCAAACCAGAUUUGGGGCUAAACUACCAGGGACAUGAAUCUGGCCUUUCCCUACCUGAGAGUCAUGGGGCCAUUUCCUCUGUCGUGUCUGAUGCCAGUUCUGCAGUAUAUUACUGCAACUAUCCAGAUGGGUGACACAUCUACCACUCUCUUCCAGCCUGCGGGCCAGCAGCAUAAACAGUGUUACACACUUCCUGCAGGAGCUAAGGAAAUCCUUUCCCUCCCCCUUACCCCCCUUUCAUUUCUGUGUUUUUUAAAUUGAGAGUUGUCUUGGCACCUAAUUUAUGGUAAUUUAUUUGACUCUAAUCUUAGCAAUUUCCUAAAGAGGAAGUGGGGGUUUUGGGGGCUCAUUCUGUCGGGAUUUACUCUUAGUCUUGCCCCUAAUUCUUGUCAAAAUUGCCAUUUGUAAAUUGGACUGUACUUUUUCUGAGUAAUGUGGCACAAAAUGCCAACCAUACUAUGAAAGUUCAUGUUUAAUGAAUUGGGAGGGAUGGUUUUUUUAUAUGAAUACUUAAUAAAGCUUGAACUUUACUUUUCCAUU